UGUUUUGAAGCCCAGGCUCAUCUCCCAUGAAUAGAGAGCGAACUGUCCGUGGUUAGCGAGUCAACCCCCAGAGCUGAAACAGUCACAACAGCUGGAUCUGCUUUCCCGGAGGUCGUAAUACCGGCUGCACCUGAACGUGUCCGCGGCUGCAUGCUGGGCACAGCGCUUGGAGCUCACAGAAAGACGGACAGGAAAUGAGAAGUUCAAAACCUUUGAUCGAUGUAUGCUCGAACACAACCGACUCUAGGACUUUCUGAGAAUGAAAUUCAUCGGCAUUUUACUGAUGGCGAUUUUUCAGCAGUCGGAGAGCUCCUCUUCGUAAGCCUCAUCUCAUCACUUUUCAUUUCAUUGGAAUAGGGCGAGAAGGGUGCCGGAACUCAGGCGAACCGCUCUGCACUAGGUCAGGUGCUUGGAUUAAAAAUAGCUCGUCACAGUGAGUUGUGUAAUCGUCAUGGAGGUUUCUUCGGACAGCAAAGAGCAUAAAUGUACUGUCGAGAACGUAGGUAUGGAUCUCUGGGGUGCAGAGCUUCGAAGCUUAAGAUUGAUUUUCACAGGCUACGGCACCAUCGGUUGAGCCUGCUCACUUACUGCCGGAAGACUUGGGCUGACACCGACUGUUGAGAACACAGGAGGAAGGGAGAGAAAGGAGGCACUAACAGUGGAGCAAAGAUCUGUCGUAUAUCCCCCACAGUGAUACUGUACGGGAUUCGCCCGGAGCUUAUACUGCGAGCAUGGAGCACUUCUAGUGUCGCUGCAGGCUGCAUACGAGCAGGAGCUGGUGCACCUUGAUUCCCUCCUCGGCUCUCUGUAGUUAAUGUACUUGUGAAUCAAGUGCGGGCUGUCUUUUGGCGGGGACAUGGUGAGACGAUCCGAGCAGCGGAGGAGCUUACGAGCAUGAGCGGUUAUAAGCUGAUCAUGAUCAUCUGCUUUCUCGAGGUUCGGAUCAUGAGACUCCUGAUCAUGGCCACCUUCAGCGUUACGGGUAAUAUAAGCACCUCGUUCGAGUCGGGUUGAAGGGGAUCAUCAAACUCUAUAGCAGGUGAGCUCUCGAGGAAUCAACUUUUUUCCCGAAGUUGGAUGGAGUCAGGAGAUUGCAAAUUUCUAAUCAUGGCCGCCACCACCACCAUCAGUAGCCCUGCAUAUAUUACAAGCAUAUCAGUCGGAUCUAAGGGUGAACGACGUCGGUCCGAGCGGAAGACGUCGACCCAGCUCGGACGUGUCCAUUCGAGAGAUCACCUGCUCUUCUGCGAAACUUGCUUGAGAAAUUCGGUCAUAGCCGCGUGAGGCAUUGAAUGUACAGGCGCUUCCACAGAUUUUACAUCCGGUCGAUUCAGGCCUUCCACUUACUACUAGCUAAGAUCUACUACUGCAACAGCUCUCUUCCGGGUCUCGGCCGACUCUUCCACAUGUCAAGCCAGCGGGUCAUGGAAUCCGAUCAGCUGCUAGGAGCGCACACGGCAGGUGAAAUUUUGAGAAAUCAAGCCAGGCGUAGGGUAGACAUUCUUCACGAUCAGGUAGUCGUAACACACUGAGUGAGCAGGUGGGGCUGAAAUCCCAUGAGACUUUGGGCAGCGCACUUUUAGAUCUGCUGCGGGUUCCAUGAGCUCAGGAGAAGGUUCAAGGGACAGGUCUUGAGGCGAAUUUUGGGUAGUCUGAGAGCAGCGACCUUUACCACUGCAGCCAUGGUGACUAUAGACGAGGAUGAGCAAAUGCAGCAGAUCGAGCAGGAGGUUGCCGAGAGGGAGUCGGAAGCUCUCUGCGAAAUUCUUCCGGAAGAUAUUCUAUCGAGAAUCCUGACGAGGCUUCCGAUCGAGUGCAUAUUCCGUUGCAAGCUCGUGUGCAAAAGCUGGCAAAAUCUGAUCGAUUCUCCCGAAUGGAGGAGGUUCCACGCCGACAACAACUCGAGCCCGGUCUGGACACUCAAGGCCCCGCGCCCCCAUAACUUCACCUGGAUUUCCUUCGCCAGCCGCAGCCGCGCGAAGAACCUGCGCCUGACCACCUUCUUCCACCCGGAGCGGCACGAGUGGGUCAAGAGCCCCUGGCACCCGCCGCCGCCUCUGCCCGAGUGCAGCAACUGGAUCCUGGCCGACGUCGACGGCGGCCUCUUCUGCUACAAGAGCAAGGACGUGGACGGCCACCUGCUGCUGUGCGUGUGCAACCCGCUGAUGAAGUGCCACAGCGUGCUGCCGCCGCACUGGCCUCCGACGCUGGCGUCCAUGGUGCUGGUGCUGAACCUGGUGGCCAACCGGCGCACCGGGCACUUCCGGUUAGUGGUGGCGGGCGCCUACACGCUGCAGACGGUGGUGUUCGACUCGGAGACGGCGCAGUGGCGCGUGCACAAGAGCUCGCCCAAGAACCCGCGCAAGAUCUGUCGCAAGACGACCUGCGACCUGCCGGCGGGCAUCGUGUGGCGCGACGUGAUCUACUACCAGCACAACCACGGCGACGAGGAGGGCCUCGAGGCCUUCGACAUCGCCUCCGGCGUCUGGAGCAGCCUGAAGGCGCCGCUGCCGUCGCGCUUCGGCUACAACGUGCCGCACAUUCUGUACAUCCACGGCGACCGGAUCUGCCUCGUCGGCAGCACGGCGGACAAGCUCACGCUCUGGACGCUUCACGCCGACGACGCCGGCGCCGGCGCGCCUGCCUGCCCCUUCACCGGCGCGUCGUGGUGGGAGAAGCGCGACGUGCGCAUGCCGCGCGAGCACUCGAACACUCUGUCGCGCGCCUGGAACUACUACUCCACGCUGUGCCACGGCGACUUCCUGUGCUUCGUGACCAAGGACCGCCACCACCGGUCGCGCGACUGGUUCUACUACAGCCUCGCCUCGGGCGCAUGGAGCCCCAGGCUGGAGUCCGGAGGCAGCCCCAACAAUCUGUACGAUUGGUUUGCCUGGGAGCCCAGCUUCUCCAUCACCGAAGCUUCGAGCACAGCAAAUGUCGCGACAGUCUCCCACGCCUCGCCCAGCACCGCCGCUCCGCUCCGCGAGAGGUAGCGCAGAGCCGAGAGUCGGAUUCGCUCGGGGCCGCAUUGCUGCUACUAGAACGUCUGUCACCACAACAAUCUGUACAAAAUUUAUGCAACUGUACUCAUAUGUCCAUUGAACUCAAUCAAAACACGAAACCAGCUUUACUGAUUAGAUCCUCUCCACUUCAUUCUCAUCGUCAUCGGACGACUCGUUUUCGCUGCUCUGUUUGCUUCCUUCGUAGACUGUUUGCAGCAGCUCCAGGUUGGGAACAAAUGUGUGCUGAAUCUCGUCCGUCUUAUUUGGGGUGCCCAGCGCUUGAGAGCCUCUAAACUGCCGUCCUGCUGGCUGCACAGACCUCUAGAAGUCGGGAUCGUCGACGCUGUAUGGCUGUUAGUAGCUGAAUCGCAUCGUGCACUCCGUGAGAGUCACUCUGGCGCUCCACUCGGUCGUACAAAACGAGGAGCUCAGUGUGUCCCUGGCCGUUUCUAAGCAGGGUUCACAGUCGGUAACUGAUCGUAUGGCUGGGUAGUUGCAUCGGAGUGCUCUGAUGCUUCCUUGGGAUAAGUUCUGAACCCAGUUGUUGUCCUGGUACAUCGGCAAUUGGGCUCCGACCCCAGCGCUCGAAUUUUUGUACCACCUUUCGCCUCUUGUGCUUAAUAUGCUCUUGACAGGAAUAAACCUUCUGCUAUCAGCAUGAAAUUCAU